AUGCCGAGCCCAGCCCUUCAGCCUUGCCUGCCCCUGCCAUGCCUGCUGCUGCCGCCUCUGUUGCUGGGACUCACAGCAGUGGCGGCAAAGGAGGCGCUGCAGGUGUCUCAGCCUCAGAAGUGGGUGUCGGUCUCCACUGGAAACUCGGUCACCCUGCACUGCACCAUAAACACCCUGCUGCCUGUGGGGCCCAUGCAGUGGUUCAGGGGGGCUGGGCCAGACCGGAAGAUGAUCUACAGCUUCAGGGGAGGCCACUACCCCCGAGUCACAAACGUCUCAGACACCACAACACGAAACAACAUGGACUUUUCCAUCCGCAUCCAUGACGUCAGCACUGCAGACGCCGGCACCUACUACUGCGUCAAGUUCCAGAAGAUGGGUGCCUAUGACGUGGAGAUUAAGUCUGGAGGAGGCACGCAGAUGUCUGUGCGUGCUAAGCCCUCUCCUCCGCAGGUUUCCGGCCCCAGCACCAGGGCUCGCCCAGGCCAAAGAGUGAACAUCACCUGCAUGUCUGCCGGCUUCUUCCCCAGAAACAUAAGCAUGAGAUGGUUUGAAAAUGGCAUGGAGCUCCCGGCCUUGGAGACUCAAGUCCUGUCGCCGCCAGGUGCCUCUUCCUACAACGUCACCAGCACCGUAGUGGUGUCCCUGUCCCUCUCCUCCCUCCACUCCCAGAUCACCUGCCAGGUGGCGCACAGUGAGCUGCAGAGCCCACUCCGGGGGCACAUGAACAUCUCCCAGUUCCUGCAAGGACUGCAGGCCUCCGUCCUCACCUGCCACGUGCAAGGGUUUUACCCCGAAGACCUGCAGGUCGCCUGGCUGCCGAGGAGCGCAUGCGUGCAGACCUCCGGGGCUCCGGGCUCCACCUCCAACCCGGACGGCACCUUCAGCAAAGAUUGCCACAUCCUGGUCAGCACCUCCGAGCUGCGGGAUGACAGGGUCACCUGCCAGGUGGGGCAGGAGGCGCAGGUGCUGGUCCAGGCCAGCCGGCGGCUGAGCGAGGUUGGAGAAGCACGAGCGAGCAUGGGAUGGAGCUUUGGCACGGGCUCUAGGUUUGGACACAGCAAUUACGGGAACCCUGGCCUGGACGAGGAAGCCGAAAACCCGUGGACCCGGCUCCUUCCUCUUUGCACCACCAGCCUCGCCUUGCCGCUGUCAAAACACUUCCCCAAGUAG